AACCCCGUCAACACCAACUCCAGUAGCCAUGUCGAACUUCAAGCGUCAGGUCGAAGUUGGCCGUGUCGUCCUCCUUACCUCCGGCCCUUCCGUUGGCUCCCUCGCCACCAUCGUCGAGAUCAUCGACCACCGCCGCGCCUUGAUCGACGGUCCCUCCACCGGUGUCGCCCGUCAGGCCGCUUCCUACGCCCAGUUCCAGCUCACCCCCUUCGUCAUCGCCAAGCUCCCCCGUGCCGCCGGUUCCGGUGUCGUCGCUAAGAAGUGGGAGGCUGCUGGUGUUUCCGCCAAGUGGGAGGCUUCGUCAUGGGCUAAGAAGUUGGAGCAGAGGAAGAGGAGGGCUGCGUUGACUGAUUUCGAGAGGUUCCAGGUUAUGAGGUUGAAGAAGCAGGUGUGUGCGCGUUUUGGGAUGGGUUGGAUGGGGAUGUAUGCGGGGUGA